CAAAGACCAAGAUGGCGGUCUGAGCGGCUGUGACUUUGCGAGAAGUUUUAAAAUGUACGAUCUUCCAGCGAUGUAGCUCCUCAAAUAUCCGUCUUUUUUCUAAAGCCCGCGAAACAAAAGUUGAGUUUGAAGCGAUGGAGCGUUAGCUGAAGUGAAGAUUGAAGACGUGAUAGAAGAUGGACGACUACUGCUCUGCUAAGAUGGCGACGUCAUGUAAAAGAGAACAUGACAGAGAAUCAGCACCGCAGAAAAAGACGAAAACCGCAGAUAAAGAUGACCUAGUUGAAAUUUCCAACAACGUCAUUUUGAAGGCGACCGUAAGCCCAGACAAGAGCGUGUGUCGGAAAUUAGCCGACUUUGUAGAACAACGUAAAGAAAGAGCCGCCAUGAUUGUUAGCUUGAAGAAGGCAGUGGAGUUCACAUCAGAGGAGAUGAAAGAAUGCAAAAGUCAAAUGAAGAAAGUGGAAGAAAAUAUUGUUUUGAAAGAAGAGAUGUUGGGGAAGAGUAAGAGAUGUGCAGUGUGUGAAGAGAAGACUGGACCACAUGUCUACAUCAACGUGCAGAGGAUUGGAGAUGUCCAGCAGCUGAUUGGUCAUCCUAAAAAACCUCCGCCUCAGCUGCAGGCGGGGAGCUCUACUUUGAAGCAGGAAGCUUCCCAGCCCCCCCACUUUAAAGAGGAAGAGGAGGAACUCUGGAUCACUCAGGAGGAAGAGUGUCUUCUUGGACCACAGGAAGCUGAUCUCACCAAGUUGCCACUGACUGUUGUCUCUGUGAAGACUGAAUAUGAUGAAGAGAAACCACAAGCAGACAACCUCUUAGCUCCACUAUCAGAUAGUGAGGCUGAAGACGAGGUUGAAGUAACUUUGAGCACCGAUACAGACUCUGACGGUGAUAUGAGGACUCACACUGACAACAAGGACUCUAAAUGUUCUAAAAAGAAGACAUGUAAAACAUUUUUAAGCUGUUUAGUUUGUGGUGCAAGAUGUACUAGAAAGAGCAGUUUGACGGAACACAUGAGAACGCACACAGGAGAAAGACCAUUCAAAUGUUCAGUUUGUGCUAAAAACUUUUCUCACAAAAGCAGUUUGACUCAACACAUGAGAACGCACAGUGGAGAAAGACCAUUUAAUUGUUCAGUUUGUGGCAAAAGCUUUUCUCAAAAUAGCACUUUGCCGCGACACAUGAGAACACACACAGGAGAGAAAACAUUUCAUUGUUCAGUUUGUGGUAAAAGCUUUUCUCUGAAGGCCCAUUUGACUCAACACACGAGAACGCACACAGGUGAAAAACCAUUUAAUUGUUUAGUUUGCGCUAAAAGCUUUUCUCAAAAUGGCAGUUUGGCGCAACACAUGAAAACGCACACCGGGGAAAGACCAUUUAAUUGUUCGAUUUGUGCUAAAAGAUUUUCUCAAAACAACAGUUUGGCGCGACACAUGAGAACACACACAGGAGAAAAAACUUUUUGUUGUUCAGUUUGUGGUGAAAACUUUUCUCAUAAUAGCAACUUGACUGUACAUAUGAGAACACACACAGGAGAAAAUUGCAUUUAGUUUCAUUAAUGAAACUCACAGGAGAAAAAACAUUCAGUUUACAUGACGUCACGUCCGGCUCAUUAAAUAUACGUGUUGGUCAAGCCAGCGUCUUUUCUCAAUGUGUACUCGGCGCCAUUUAGCCUUUCUCUAAGAAAAACGCAUCAUAUUUGCGUUGUUUUUGGCUGUACGAAUCGUUCGAAUCGCGAAAAGGAUAAAAGUUACUUCAGAGUUCCUCGAGAGGUAAUCGAGAAGGGCGGAAGAGUGCAAGGUUUUACGGUAGACGGCGUGAAAAGUCACCCGCUCCAGUCCAAGAUAACAGAGUUGAAGAAUGCGCAAGUUUGCAGUAAACCCUUCGCUAAAGCUACUUUUAACGUGUAUUAUUUCCAAUUUAAGCAUUAUAUGUGUUAUAAAUUCCCUUUGUCAGUGAUUAAGAUAGAAGAUAAAGUUCCCUAUUUAAUAUGUUAAUUGUUGAAUAUAAUUUACUAUAUUAUUGUUGACGUAAACAAGCUAUUAAUGUAGUCAUGCACCUUUAAGUUGAGUCUGUUUGAGUCAGGCAGUUUACCGGGCAGCUAUGUUUUACUUACCGGGGUCCUCGAGGCAGUGUGUUAAACAGUGUGUAUGUGAGAGUGUACUUACCUGCUGCGGAUAAAAAGUUGCAUAUAAAAAAGAAGUUGAAACGUAAAACGGUGUCCUUAUUCCCUAACUUAUUCCCUGAGUACGCUCACGGGUGAAGAGUCCCAGCACAACAACAACAUCAGUUUAUCCAUAUGGUUCUUUAAUAAUAUGGUUUUUUGUAUUUCUUAAAUACGUAUUUGCUGCGAGUGUCUCGAAAAGCCCCAACUUGGCAAAUCUAAACAAAACUGACAGAACCGCAAACUCCGGUAAGAAGAUCAGCGGAGGAUUGUGUGUCUAUAUAAACAGCAACUGCGCACACAGACUGUGAGGGUGGACGAACUGUGCAACACAGAUGUAGAGUUUAUGUUGCUAAAAUGCAGACCAUUCUAUCUCCCUAGGGAGUUUGCCGCUGUUUACAUCUGUGCAGUGUAUAUUCCCCCAGAUGCUAAUGCGAAGCUUGCGCUAGCACACAUACAUGACAGCAUUAACAAUUGCCUUGUCACACACCCCGACUGCGCUCUCAUUGCAGCGGGAGAUUUCAACCACGGAAUGUUAUAUGUGCAACCAGGGGAGAGAAAACGCUGAAUCAAGUGUAUACAAACAUCGCAAAUGCAUACAGAGCCCAUGCAUAUCCCCAUCUAGACAUGUCAGACCACCUUUCUCUUCUGUUGCACCCACGUUACACACCCAAAAUCAGAACUGCUGGAAUUACCAACAAAACUAUAAGAACAUGGCCAGAAGAUGCUAUCCAUCAGCUCCAAGAUUGUUUCCAUCACACUCUCUGGGACAUAUUUAGAGACGAGCGUGCAAUUUCGCGUGAGUCUCUGGACGAAUACACCUCAACUGUGCUGAACUAUAUUACCUUCUGCAUAGAUUGUGUUACAUCAUUUAAAACCAAAUAAAAAACCCUGGAUGACACAAAGUGUCACAGUUACUCAAACAGAGGGACAUGGCAUUUAGAUCAGGCGAUCCAAAUGCCUACCGUUCAGCCAGGACUGCUUUA